AUGGACCAUAUCACGGUGCCCAAGGUAGAAAACGUGAAAUUACUGGGUCGUUAUAGAGAUAAGAAACCAGCUAAUGGAAGUCUGUAUCUUACUGCAACCCACCUGAUCUAUGUGGAAGCUUCUGGUGCAGCCCGAAAAGAGACAUGGAUUGCACUGCAUCAUAUUGCCACUGUGGAGAAAUUGCCUGUCACUAGCCUGGGUUGUCCCCUGAUCCUCCACUGCAAGAAUUUCCGGGUGGCCCACUUUGUUUUAGAAUCUGAUGUUGUGUGCCAUGAGGUUUAUAUUUCACUGCUAAAGCUUUCUCAACCAGAAUUACCUGAAGAUCUGUAUGCUUUUUCAUAUAAUCCCAAGUUCUCAAAAGACAUGAGGGAAAAUGGAUGGAAGCUGAUUGACCAAACAUCAGACUUUGGACGUAUGGGAAUUCCUAACAGGUACUGGACCAUAACAGAUGCCAACAGAAACUAUGAGAUAUGCAAUACCUACCCUCCUGAAAUAGUGGUUCCUAAAUCUGUUACAUUGGGAACGGUGGUUGGAAGUUCGAAGUUCAGAAGUAAAGAACGUGUGCCUGUGCUCUCCUACCUCUACAAAGAGAACAAUGCUGCCAUUUGCCGCUGUAGCCAGCCUCUGUCUGGAUUUUAUACUCGUUGCAUAGAUGAUGAGCUCCUGCUAGAGGCUAUUCGCCAGACAAAUCCAGGGAGCCAGUUCUUGUAUGUUGUAGACACAAGACCAAAGUUAAAUGCCUUGGCUAACCGAGCAGCUGGGAAGGGGUAUGAAAAUGAAGACAACUAUGCCAAUAUUCGCUUCAGGUUCAUGAGCAUUGAGAACAUCCAUGUCAUGCGGAACAGCCUGCAGAAACUCUUGGAAGUUUGUGAAUUGAAAACUCCAACAAUGAGUGAAUUUCUUAGCGGCCUGGAGAGCUCAGGGUGGUUGAGACACAUUAAAGCUAUUAUGGAUGCUGGAAUUUUCAUUGCAAAGGCAGUGAAGGUAGAAAAGACCAAUGUCUUAGUCCAUUGUUCUGAUGGGUGGGACCGUACAGCACAAGUCUGCUCUGUGGCCAGCAUCCUCCUAGAUCCAUUUUAUAGGACAUUCAAAGGACUCAUGAUCCUGAUAGAGAAGGAAUGGAUAUGCAUGGGCCACAAGUUUUCCCAAAGGUGUGGCCACCUGGAUGGGGACUCUAAAGAAGUAUCCCCUAUUUUCACACAGUUCCUAGACUGUAUCUGGCAAUUAAUGGAACAAUUUCCAUGUGCCUUUGAGUUUAAUGAAAAUUUCCUGCUGGAAAUUCAUGACCAUGUUUUCUCCUGCCAGUUUGGGAACUUCCUUGGAAACUGCCAGAAGGAUCGAGAUGAUCUGAGAAUAUAUGAGAAAACACAUUCAGUGUGGCCUUUCUUGGUUCAGAGGAAACCAGACUUCAGGAACCCUCUUUAUAAAGGCUUCACUGUGUAUGGGGUACUCAAUCCUAGUACUGUGCCGUACAACAUUCAGUUCUGGUGUGGGAUGUAUAACCGCUUUGACAAAGGGUUGCAGCCCAAGCAGAGUAUGCUAGAGAGCCUCCUGGAAAUUAAGAAGCAGAGAUCAAUGCUGGAGGCAGAUGUGCACAAACUAGAAAAGGCAGUGUUAUUAACAGUGGAAACUGGGGGCUCUGCCUGCUCCAGCCCCUGGGGCAGUAGGGGGCUCCCCUUGGAGGGGCCACCAAGGCCCAGUGCUUCGCAGAGGUCCCUCAGUCUCCUGUUUUUGUCACCCACAGAUCUGGCAUAUCCUCCUGCUCAUAAUGAGAAUAGUUUUGCUCCAAUCAGCCAAGGUGAAAACUUCAUGGAUAUCACCAAGAUCUUCUCCCUCCUGCAGCCUGAUGAGGAGGAUACCGACACAGGAGAGAAGCAAGCUCUCAAUCAAGCAGUGUACAACAAUGAUUCCUAUACUUUGGACCAGCUUUUGUGCCAGGAGCGUUACAAAAGAUUUAUCAAUAGUAGGAGUGGCUGGGGUGUCCCUGGGACACCCUUGCGCUUGGCUGCUGCUUAUGGCCACCUUAGCUGCCUGCAGGUCCUCCUGGCACAUGGUGCUGAUGUUGACAGCUUAGACGUCAAGGCACAGACACCACUUUUUACCGCCGUCAGUCAUGGCCAUCUGGACUGUGUGCGUGUGCUUUUGGAAGCUGGUGCCUGUCCUGGUGGUAGCAUCUACAACAACUGCUCUCCUGUGCUCACAGCUGCCCGUGAUGGUGCUGUUACCAUCCUGCAGGAGCUCCUGGGUCAUGGUGCAGAGGUCAAUGUCAAGGCGAAACUACCAGUCUGGGCAUCGAACAUAGCUUCAUGUUCUGGCCCCCUCUAUUUGGCUGCAGUCUAUGGUCACCUUGAUUGUUUCCGCCUACUUUUGCUCCAUGGGGCAGACCCUGACUACAACUGUACUGACCAGCACCUAUUGGCUCGAAUACCACGGCCCCGCACCCUCCUCGAAAUCUGCCUCCACCAUAAUUGUGAGCCAGAGUACAUCCGGCUGUUAAUUGAUUUUGGUGCUAACAUCUACCUUCCAUCUCUCUCCCUGGACCUGAACUCGCAAUAUGAUAAAAGCACUGCAUUGCUGGUACAGGCCCGAGCCACUCCACGGUCACUACUAUCACAGGCUCGUUUAGUUAUCCGCAGAUCCCUGUGCCACACCAGCCAGCCACAAGCCAUCGACCAGCUGGAUAUUCCCCCCAUGUUGAUUAGCUACCUCAAACACCAACUGUAA